CAUGCCCCAAGUCAUCAAGUUAAAGCCUCCUACACUGUUUGACUUACCAACUUGCUCCUCACAUACUGUAUGACCCAUCUCCAUUAUACCAAAUCACCCCCUAAAUCACUAUAAUUUUGAUGAAAAAUCAAUUAAGAUGCUCUGUUUCUAAUUUUACAAACACAAAAUUUCCAUUUUAUUGUUUCUACAAUCAUGGGUCCAAGCAUACUUGUUUCAAUCUGGUUCACCUGGCUGUUGGCAAUCCUGCUCUUUGCUCUAGUCCCUUCAGUCCACAGCCAAAUCCAAGUCUGCUCCAUGCAAAACAUUGAACUAGGGCCGUGUUUCCAAGGCAAUGGUUAUCGUCCUGAUGCCUGCUGCAAUGCACUUAAUCAAGUCAUCCAUACCGGAUUUAGCUGCAUGUGUUCACUAUUAGUCUCAUCUCUUCCUCUUUCCACCACCCCAAUUUCACUCCCAUUACCAAACUGUUACAUUUCUCUUCCCCCUUUGAGCCUUUGUCGAGUUCUGGCUCCUACGCCGGUGGUGAUUCCCCCAGUUAGGUCCGGAAACCAGCAUCCUGCCCCGCCUUUGACCCCGGCUGAUGAUCAAAUGCAGAGUUCUUUAUCUAAUCCCGGUGACCCUACGGAGCAGCCUGCACCGCCUUUGCCCCCGGCUGAUGAUCAGAUGCAGAGUUCUUUAUCUAGUCCAGGUAACCUCACGCAGCAUCCUGUAACACCUCUGGCUGCAGUGUUUCCUUCUCCACUUUUGCCUCCGGCUGAGGAUCAGAUGAUACAGAGUCCUUUGGACACAACUGGGGAGAGUAACUCUACAGCAGUGCAGAAGCAGCCAUGUUCAGCUGAAAAUGCAGAACCCAAAUUGGAUUUGUUUGGAGGGGGCUAUGGGACAUUGUUUGGAGGGGGUUAUGGGACAUCAAAUGGGGGAGAGGAAACCAAAGUGUUGAUGAUUGGCUGGAGAUUCUUAUUCCCCUUGGUUAUUCUUCUCCAUGGCACUAUCUUACUAGGUUAGUCAUUUUUGUUUUUCUUUUACAGAUUAUAUAUGUGAAAUCAUCAAUAUAUCAAAAAAAAAAAUUGAUUAUUCUGAUUUUGGCUUGUGUUUCAGUGUCUCUAAAUAAUUUUCAUUUCCAACAUCUUGUGUGGCUUAAUGCAAAUUUACUGGAACUCAUUGAUAUGGCUGAGAGGAAUAUUUACAGAAACAAAUAAAAUCAAAUAUUGAAA